GUCAGGAAUCAAUAUUUGAUUCAGUCCACCUUCCGCCUUUCCACAAUGUCCAACAGAUUCCUUCUUCCCCCCUUCUCAUCCGUCAGCCACCACCGACGUCGUUCAGGAUGCCAGUGAUCACCGUCGACGCUAUCCUAUUCGAUAUGGAUGGAACACUUAUAGACUCUACCCCCGGUGCCCUCCAGGCAUGGCAGAUGUUCGGCAAAGACUACGGCUUAAAUGCCGCAAAGGUCGCCCAUGCGUCUCAUGGACGCAGACUAUGUGACACGCUCAAAGAGUACUGUCGUAUUGAUGAUGAGAACAAACUUCAGGCUGAAAUUGUUCGUUUCGAGGACGAGGUGAUUAAAGGUGGCCCGAUUGCACUGCCCGGCGCACUUGCCCUGCUUCAGCAGAUUACAGCAGGUAGUACUGCAGCCGCUUCAGGGUGGACUAUUGUUACUUCUGCAACGAAUAUAUAUGCACCCCAGGCUCUAGCAUGUUGCGGUAUUCCGCUACCUCCACUUGGAGCGGUCACCUCAAACGACGUUGCUUUUGGUAAGCCGCAUCCGGCGCCGUAUCUCGCAGGCGCGAGGAGGCUGGGUGCUGACCCUUCCAGAUGUUUGGUGAUUGAGGCUGCUCCUUCGGGGCUAGCAUCCGGGCGUGCCGCGGGCUGUAAGACAGUGGCUGUUUGUUCAUCACACACCGCUCAGGCCAUUCAGGAGUCUGGUGUGAAUCCAGAUUAUGUUGUCAAGGACUUGACUAGUAUAUCCGCAAAAUGGGUUGGGGACUCCAUAGAAGUUACCAUCAACACAGAUGCUUGACGUCUCAUUAUACCCGCCAGGAGCAUAUACCCUAGAGUCUUAGAGAGAAGACGAUGGCCAUUCUUCAAUCGACGACGUUAAUCUUGGGGCAUCGUUGCUUCUCUGAUUCUGUUGCUCGUUCACUUUGUAGCGUACCAGAACAUCCUGGGCAUUUCUCUCUCGGUUAUUUGUGUGCAUACUGCAUUCAAUAUCUAUUUCAUAUUCUUUGGGUUGU